AUGUCGAUUACGGUGGGCAGCCUCUUCGGCCAGGACCAGAGCGCCCUUGAGGACCUGGGGCUACUCCCGGAAGAUGUCGAUGCUGGAACACAGCUUGCUCCGGUUACAUCUAGUAGAAGUAUUACUCCCGCGGCUUCCUCGUCGAGGCAAGUCGCCUCCGCGGAACCACAGGUGUUUGUUACCCGCCAAAGCGGUACUCUGGGAGGAAUUCCUUGGUUUGAGGAAAUGAUUGAAGGAAGCCGACUGGGGAGAGUAGGGAAACACCGCAGGGGCGUCGGAGGUAACGAUACGAUGCAUGUCGAAUGGGAGGUGACCGAGUGGCAUGACACCGUCCCAUCCAUCUCCACAGAGACCAGUGAAACCACUGGUAGCCCAAGGAUUUCCGCCAAAAGAAAAUCCCCUCAGGUUUGUUUAUCUUAUGCCAUUAUUACUAUAUGCUAA